AUGGAAGCGCAGAAGUUCGACAAUGCCAAGGCGCACGAGUAUGUGCAGGCCAAGUGGCAGGAGAAAGGCGGUAUUGUAGAGACGCUGUGCAAGUACAUCGAAAUCCCCAACGUGACGCCCGACUACGAUGACGAGUGGAACACCAACGGGCACCAGAUGCGCGCCGUGGAGCUGCUCACCUCCUGGGUCAAGGCCCAGAACGUGAUCAAGGACGAUAACCGCACGCCCCUCAUCCUGAUGGAAGUGCCGGCCUCGGACCCCGCCAAGAACGCGGAGCCGUGCGUGCUGCUGUACGGGCACAUGGACAAGCAGCCCCCGCUCACCGACCAGUGGGAGGAGGGACUCGGCCCCUACAAGCCCGUCAUCCGCGACAACAAGGGUGCCGCCCACCCGCGGUGCGUGGUGCUCAUCGAAGGAGGCGAGGAGUCCGACAUCGACGACCUCCAGGUCUACAUCAAGAAGCUCCACUCCCGCAUUGGAGAGGCCGGGCUGGUCAUCUGCCUGGACUCGGGUUGCGGCGACUACGAGCGGCUUUGGCUCACCACCUCGCUCCGGGGUAUUCUGGCCGGCACGCUCAAGGUGACGACCCUGAAGGAGGGCCUGCACAGCGGUGGCGCGGGGGGCAUCGUGCCCUCGUCCUUCCGCAUCGUGCGCCACGUGCUCGACCGCCUGGAGGACUCCGCCACGGGGCGCAUCCUCGUGGACGCCCUCCACGUCGACAUCCCCGCCCAACGCGUCCAGCAGGCCCAGGAAGUGGGUGCGUUCCUGGACAAGAGGGUCUACCUCGACUUGCCCCUGGUCGAGGGUGCCUCGCCCGUCCACACCGAACCCGCGGAGCUGCUGCUGAACAACACGUGGCGGCCCCAGCUGGCCGUGACCGGCGCCGACGGUUUCCCCGCCAUCAAGUCCGCCGGUAACGUGCUCCGGCCCUACACGGCGGUGAAGCUGUCCAUCCGCCUCCCGCCCACGGCCGACGCCAUGAAGGCCACCGCCGCCGUCAAGCAACUCCUCGAAAAGGAUCCGCCCUACGGCGCCAAGGUGGAGUUCAUCACGGAGACACCUGACGCCGGCUGGUCGUCGCCCAUCCUUGCCCCGUGGCUCGAUGCGGGCAUCACCGAGGCGUCGCAAUCGUUCUUUGGCAACCCGCCUCUGCAGAUGGGCGAGGGUGGCUCUAUCCCUUUCAUGGGUCUGCUGGGCAACAUGUUCCCGCGCGCCCAGUUCGUGAUCACCGGAGUGCUGGGUCCCGGCAGCAACGCGCACGGCCCCAACGAGUUCCUCCACAUCCCCACCGGCGAGCGCGUCACGGCUACCGUGGCUCUCCUCCUCAACCUGGCCGCCAACCACCUCUGA